CGACAGGACCUGCGUUCUUAUUCCUAUGAAGUAAAUUCUCUCUUACAUUAAGUUCCUGUCACUGCCGCUGCCUUCACACAGUUUGCCGACGCCUUGCAAGCAUCUCACUGCAACCUACAACUGCAUUAAAAGGCGUUAUAUCGAGUUAAAAUUAAAUAGUUAGCUAUAGGCCUGAGAGGCGCGCGGGCGAGGAAUUGGAGGUUGAACUAGAGGGCGAUACAAGAUGGCUAAGCACCAUCCUGAUCUGAUUAUGUGCAUGAAGCAACCAGGCGUUGCCAUUGGACGCCUAUGCGAGAAGUGCGACGGCAAAUGCCCUAUUUGCGACUCAUACGUACGGCCGUGCACCUUGGUGCGGGUGUGCGAUGAGUGCAACUACGGAUCCUACGAAGGCCGCUGCGUCAUCUGCGGGGGGAUAGGCAUCUCGGACGCCUAUUACUGCAAGGAGUGCACGUUACAGGAAAAGGAUAGAGACGGGUGUCCGAAGAUCAUUAACCUGGGCUCGGCGAAGACAGACCUCUUCUACGAGCGCAAGAAGUACGGCUUUAAAAAGCGGUAGCACCAGACGUGCAGCAGGACGGUUGCCAUGGCCUGCAUGGGACGCCUCAGCUGAGGAUUGGAGGUUGAGGGGAUCCGGCAAGGGGCUUGGACUGGGCCUGCUGGCCAUGUGCGUCUACGCGCUUGAAACAUGCUGGGGAAAGGGGCAUGUAGAGGGGGAAGCAUGGUGACAUGCUGUAACCAGGGGAGGAGGGCAUUUGGGUAGACCCUAGAUCUGAGGAGGGAUUCCGGGUUGUGAGCUUGGAAUUGACGACGGGGCUUCCGCCUUUUCCGUGUCGCAUGUUCAGGUUGUGGUAGUAUGGGUUGUGCCUGAAACGGACAGAUAGUUACCUGGAUCUGGAAGGGUUAGAGCAAGGCUGCUGAUAAUACCCAGGGGUCGCAUGUUCUAACGAUUCAGCAGUUUGGGCCCCAACGUGGCUAUGUGUUUGUUGCGGCAAGCGCCUCGCGUAAGAGGGUACUAAACAGCAAGCGGAUGUCCUGAGGCGUUGUGGCUAUUUCGGAGGCAUUUGGGGUGUGUAGUUUACGUUCCGACCCCCAUGCACCAUUUGUUGUCGGCGCUUUGAUUCGUGUACAUGCCAACUGACGCCGAGUGAUAAUGUUCGGAGGGCCGUACAUGCAGUUAACCCGUCGGGUCGCUGAACAGGGCUUUCAUGCAGCAUUGCGUAACCUGGCUUGGUAAUGCACGUUGUGGCUUUAAAGGGUUUCCGUACGGUAUUCGGUGUGCUCGUACGUCCUGACUUGACGGGUGGGCGUGCUGGCCUGCGAUGGUGGUCGGCUGUUAAGGGCGGAUUGCAGCAGGGUAUUACUCCGGCAUCCCGGUCCCCGGUUUCAAGACACAAGGUUCGCUUUCUCGUGGCGAGCAGUCACGCGUGGGAAUAUGGCCAUGCCAACACUUUUCACUGCUAUUGGGGUUGCCACAGGGCAAUAACCGAAGGCAGGCUUGCUCGCAGCCUCAGCUAAACGUUGCCCCACUGCGACUCUGGAUUAUAUCAU